AAAUUACCUAUAAGAUUUACGAGAAAGGUUGAUAAGAAAAAUGUAUAUCUAUAGAAGAGAAAAUGUAAAAUUUCGGAUACGUUAGAAUUAAAGAUUUCUGGCAAUAUUCAGCAUUGAUCUCUGGGCGCGCAAGCGCCGACCGACGGAUUUCACCUGUUUUCGUUACUCGCCUUAGUGUUUUCGUUCGAAACCGAGCUCUAACCACGGACGUCUAUUUUCGUUUUCGUUCAGAACAUCGAGGAGCAAUUUUCAGGAAAGAAUUGCCCUUGUGCCCGUGAUAAAACUUUACACGCAUCACUUUAAUUGCAAGUGCAUUUAAAUAAACAAUCAGGUGUACGCGUCGAGAACGAAUUCACGUUAACACGAUCGGAAAUUUAUCGUAUUUAAAAGUUCAUCGACGCUAGCAAUCCUCAUUUCCGAAAGAUACUGGACAUUAAUGACAGGAACACUUGAUUGUACGUGCGUCGCACGGUGAUUCAAUGUCGGCCAUCCUCGACACGUGUGGAAAUGACGCCGGUUCUCCCUCGAUAUCGAAAGCGGAAGAUAACUUGUCGAACAGCGAUGGCCCACUAAUCAAAAGCUGUGUUCGUCGAUAUAGUUGCAACAGCGUUCGUACAAGUUCCGAAAACGUUAACCGAAUAUCGAUCAUCUCGCCUCGCACGAUGUCAACAUCCAAUGAAUUGUCAACGAAACACCGCUACUGUCUGUGGGCCGUAACGUUUAUUUUAACGAUGACCAGCCUAUGCAAUCUUUUUCUCAACAUCACGCUGAUCGCUGUGUUACGGAUCAGUCAGGGAAUGGAAGCCAUGGAAGUGAUACCUGAUGAGAAUCUCGUGAAGUUUUAUGGAAAAACCGACUUGGACAGGGUAUGCUUGCAAUCAGGAGUUUGUCAGAGUUACGGCGACGAACCGAUGGAAAUUUCUGGCGACGAGGCAGGUGUGCAAAUAGACGUGAACAGUCGUCGAUCGCAGGAGGAAAAGCGCGCAAAAGUGACAAUUCUACCAAAUGGCACCACUAUGUCUCUGGUAGAAUCCUUCGAGAUCAAAGAUCCGAGAACUGGCGUCACAUACUUCACCACCGAUUUCCCGAAUUUUGGUUUACCAGCUGGUGUAGAAAAGAUAGAUGUUAAAAUAGCGGAGACUCACAGGAUCACAUCGCCUGUUAACGAGAAUUUAACCGUGAACUCUGACGAUCAGAUCUCCAUACACGGCGCAGAAGGCGUGACCAUGGAAAGCAAAGAUAUCAUUUGGAGCGCGGACGCCGAUAUAUUUUUAAAGAGCGUCAAUGGAAACAUCGUUCUCGAUGCCAAAGACGGAGUUACUAUAGACGUUGAGAAUAUACCCGUGGCACCGAUGUUCCUGCAAAAUCCAGCUAAUCACGAGCAGUACAAAGUUUGCAUCUGCAUGCCACAGGGGAAACUGUUCAGAGUACCGGAUCGUGCGGGCGCGAACAGUCGAUCGGUGAACUGUGCUCGCGUUAACAGAACUCCAGAAAACGAUCCCUGCUCGCGAUAGAAUCGCAAGAAUGUUGCGACUGUAUCAUUUAACCCAGCACUGCCAAUAGAUCCGCAGACUAAUCUGCAAUGCAGGAUAAAAAUUUGCCUAACACCGAAUAUAUUCGGUUUACUAUUGUAUAAAUUAUUAUAUACUUGCAAAGCAUCGAGAAAUAUAAAUUCUGCGAAGCAGGGACUGGAAGCAUGUUUUCUACAAGUAUUUAUGUAGACAUAAUUUAGUUUUUAUUUCAGAUAUAAAGUCCAUUUGAACCGCGACUCGCAAUCCUGUGAAAUUCACGUACAGUACCACAUUCAAUUACGUUAACUAAAUGCGUCGGCGCUAAUUACGUUAUGGUUAAGAAAAGAACCAUGCAUCAAUAAAUUCAUAUGCAAUAC